GUGGACACCCUCUGCAGGCUGAGCAAGUCACUUGCAUAAUGAGACCACGCACAGAGCUGACCUCACAAUGGAAAGUACUCUGUGGGGGUGUCUGCCUUGCAUCACAAGCGCACAAGAAUGAUAAUAAUGAAUUUUAUCACCUAACCACGUCCAGAUCUUUAUCUCAAUGAGAGGAAGCAUACUAUCUAAGCAUCUUUUUAAAAAGGGCUGCAAUUGUUCCUGUUCAGUUAUAUAUUCAUCGGUAAGGCCUCCUUCCUGCUCGACAGCCGCUGCUGUGGCUGCACAUUUUCACAGGGCUAGAGGCGAGGAGAGAAGCGAUUGAAAGUGCGGCUGCAGAGUUCGCCUCGUGCCUCAGCUCGCUCCAGCUCAGCUCAGCACCCCGAUGCUGCCAGCCUGCCAGGGAUGGGUUCCUCUGCCAUUGGGCUGGCUGUGAACUGGCUGGACUGGAAGCGCUGGUUUCUGCUGUUCAGCAACAGCGACUUGAACACGGGCUACCAGUUACUGUCUCUGCUGCUCCUGCCCCUGCUCCUCUUUCUGUUACAAACAGCCUCAGCUGAUACUUCACAGGAGUUUUAUACAGCACUAAACCAGGAUGCCAUGCUGACUGUAAACUUCACCAGCAACUCCCAGUGUGAUGUUUUCUGGAGAAAGACCAGUAAAGCAGACAACUCAAGUGAAAAGAUGAUCUACAAGCACCUGAAGAAUAUGUCAAAGGGUAAUUUUCUGGGACAGUACUCCACAAGAGCACACUACUACUCCCACAACAACACCUUGGUGUUAAACAGUGUGACUGGAGAGGAUGAGGGGGCAUAUAAAGUGACCCAGGAGUGUGGUGGUGAUGGUGUAAUUUCAGCAAGGAUGAUCCAGCUGUCUCUGAUGUCCCCUCUCUCAGAGCCCUUCAUUUCAGUCUCUAUACACAACACCUCGCACUCUGUGCUGCUGAACCUGAGCUGUGAGGUCACAGAGGGAACGCAGCCCUCCUAUUGGUGGCAGAAGGAUGGCAAGCCCCUCCCCCAGGAUGGCAGGCACUUUGUGUCGGAGCAGAACUCGUCUCUGGAGGUGAGGAACAUGACGGAGCGAGACUGCGUCACCUACACCUGCGUGAGCCGGAACAGGCUGGGCAGCAGGGAGGCACAGCGGGGCAUCACAGCUAUGGACAGCCCUGCCUGCAUCUCCCCUGGGUCUGCAGGCUCCCUCACCCCGGCUUCGCUUCUGUCAAUAGCAGCUGCAGUGCUGUGUGCGGCAGGACUGUGCAUCCUCGUUUAUUGCACCAAGAGGCAUUAUCAGGAAAUCCGGACAUGGUUCAGAGAUCGCUGGAGAAAUCCAAGGAACAGCGUGGAGCAAAGCAGCCUGGACAGGGGAAGCAGACAAGAAUCUCCAUACGAUAUGCCAGAUGAAGAGUUCCUUAAUGAAGAAAACAUGCAGGCUGCUGCCUCCCCCUCCGGUAAGAAGGUCCAGUAUGUCUACAUCGAUUUCCUUCCCAACAGAGGGAGCAGCCGCAGGCAGGCCGAGGAAGAGGACGACAAUGGAUACUCCACCAUCAACCCCCGGGCUAUCCAGGAGGACCCUGACAUGAGAGAACUAAACACUGACCUCGAAGAACAAGGGGAUCUAACCACUCCAUAGCUAUGCUGCAGAGGACUGUGAACCCUGGCACUGAACUGAGGGAUCUAACCACUCCAUAGCUGUGCUGCAGAGGACUGUGAACCCUGGCACUGAACUGAGGGAUCUAACCACUCCAUAGCUGUGCUGCAGAGGACUGUGAACCCUGGCACUGAACUGAGGGAUCUAACCACUCCAUAGCUGUGCUGCAGAGGACUGUGAACCCUGGCACUGAACUGAGGGAUCUAACCACUCCAUAGCUGUGCUGCAGAGGACUGUGAACCCUGGCACUGAACUGAGGGAUCUAACCACUCCAUAGCUGUGCUGCAGAGGACUGUGAACCCUGGCACUGAACUGAGGGAUCUAACCACUCCAUAGCUGUGCUGCAGAGGACUGUGAACCCUGGCACUGAAUUGCAAGCGUCUAACCAUUCAAAUCUUUUUUCAUUUUUUAGUAUAUUGUUUUUGUACAUAUUUUGUAUCAAAUAAAAAAUAAAUCCUGUCUGGUAAAUCUGCUUC